UGCCAACGACGACGCCAUUGGUCAGCGCGGCCGGAAGUGCACCUGACUGAUGGGAAGUAGAAGGUCUCGGAGGCCCGAGUGGUGGAGAGAGCAGAGCUGUGAGUCUGUGAAGAACGUCGUGGGUUUCGCGGCGUGGGACAUUUAGCCUUACCUCCCUCCCUGAACUCAGCAUGGGCGAGAAGUCAGGAGACUGUAACGUUCCUGAAGAUCUGUUCAAUGGUUUGAAAGUUACAGAUCCUCAGGAAGCAGAGUCAGCCAGCCCCCAGGUUUCUGAUCUCAAGGAUCAGCAUUCCCAGAGCAAGCUACUAAAGGAUGAUGGAGCCCAUCCCCAGGAGGACCAUGGAGAAGAGGAAUGUUUUCAUGACUGUAGUGCCUCAUUCGAGGAGGAGCAGCCAGGGGCACAUGUGUCGGGGGACAAAGCCACUGGUGAUUCUAGUUCUUCUGAACUAGAUGAGGAAUACCUAAUUGAACUGGAAAAAGACAUGCCGGAAGAAGAGAAACAGAAAAGAAGAGAAGAGAGUGCCAAACUGAAGGAGGAGGGGAAUGAACAGUUUAAGAGAGGAGAUUACAUAGAAGCUGAGAGUUCUUACAGUCAGGCCCUUCAGAGGUGCCCAUCCUGUUUCCAGAAAGAUCGGUCUGUUCUGUUUUCAAAUAGAGCUGCUGCAAGGAUGAAACAGGACAAGAAAGAAAUGGCCAUCAAUGACUGCAGCAAAGCGAUUCAGUUAAACCCCAGCUACAUCCGUGCAAUACUGAGGAGAGCGGAGCUGUAUGAGAAAACAGACAAACUAGAUGAAGCACUGGAAGAUUAUAAAUUGAUAGUAGAAAAAGAUCCAUCGGUACAUCAAGCAAGAGAAGCUUGUAUGAGAUUACCUAAGCAAAUUGAAGAACGGAAUGAAAGAUUAAAAGAAGAGAUGUUAGGUAAACUAAAAGAUCUUGGCAACUUGGUUCUGCGACCUUUUGGGCUCUCUACGGAAAAUUUCCAGAUCAAGCAGGAUUCUUCUACUGGCUCCUACUCCAUCAAUUUUGUUCAAAAUCCCAAUAAUAAUAGAUAACAGAAAUAA